AUCAUCAUCAUGAUUUUUUUUAUGAGUGUUGAUUUUUCCUUCUCCAAAAUAAUAAAAACAUUUUUUCCAUUGGUGAUUUGGAAUCCUUCAAAAUAUGGUUGUGAUUCGGGUGUGGUUGAUAAUGAGUGGAGGACAAUAAAAUUUUUUCUGUUUUAUGAUCAUCAUCAUCAUUCUCGAAUGAAAUUGAAAUUGAUUUUCAUAGAUAUUCUAUAUUUAAAAAUAUCAACAAUAAUAAUCGCCAACAAGUAUUAUGGAUAUCGAUAAUGAUCAUCGUGUUCUUUCGAUCCAAAGUCAUGUUGUAUCGGGCUAUUGUGGUAAUAAAUCCGCUGUAUUUCCAUUACAAACACUUGGAUUCGAUGUUGAUUUCAUUAAUUCAGUUCAAUUCAGCACUCAUACUGGUUAUCCACGAUGGACUGGACAAGUAUUAAAUGAACAAGAUAUUUUUGAAUUAAUCGACGGUCUUCGACAUAAUAAUCUUCUUUGUAAAUAUACCCAUUUAUUAUCCGGUUAUGCUCGAUCAGCUAGUUUUUUAGAAGCAAUGCAUUCGGCUAUUAAAGAAAUAAAAUCCGUAGCUCCAAAUGUUGUUUAUCUUUGCGAUCCAGUACUUGGAGAUGAUGGCAGAAUGUAUGUACCACAUGAACUGCUUUCCGUUUAUAAAGAAAAAAUUAUUCCAUUGGCCGAUAUUAUCUGUCCAAAUCAAUUCGAAGCCGAAUUAUUAAGUGGAAUUAAAAUUACCGGAAUGAAAACAGCAUUAGAAGCUAUCGAUUAUCUACAUUCAUUGGGUAUUAAAACCGUUGUAAUAUCAUCAACAGAGACAGGUUUCGACGAUACAAACGAACAAUUGAUGACAAUUGGUUCAAGUCAAUUGCCCGGUGCCAAUAAUCAAGAUCGUCAAUUGUGUAAAUUGGUUAUACCAAGAAUUCCGGCCCGUUUUACCGGUACUGGUGAUUUAUUUGCUGCAUUAUUUUUAGCUUGGUUUACAAAAACAAAAUUUGAUCUGAAAAUAACAAUGGAAAAUGUGACGGCAACAUUAAAUUCGAUUAUUCGACGUACAUAUGAAUAUGCCAACAAUAAGCCAAAUGGAUUAGAACUACCAUUCAAUCGUGAAUUGCGAAUCAUUCAAAGUCGUGACGAUAUUCUUGAGCCAAAAAUUCAAAAUAGUGCCGAAUUAAUUUAAUUUAAUGAGAAUUUUAUUUUUCGAAACUUUUUUUUUCAAUUAUAUUG